AUCUUUGAAAGCCCCCAAUCUCCCUAUUUUUUCUUUUGCCUCUCAAGUCCAUCUCGUCUGUCUGAUCUUUGAUUUUCCGAUCGGAGGCGUUAGAUUUCCCGCGGGGAAUCCGUGACGCCUCCGGUAAUGUCGACGCCGGCGAGGAAGAGGCUGAUGAGGGAUUUCAAGAGGCUGCAGCAAGAUCCGCCAGCUGGUAUCAGCGGAGCGCCUCAAGACAACAACAUCAUGCUCUGGAAUGCUGUCAUCUUUGGGCCCGAUGAUACACAUUGGGAUGGAGGUACGUUUAGGAUGACACUGCAGUGUUCAGAGGAUUAUCCUAAUAAGCCUCCAACCGUUCGAUUUGUCUCGCGAAUGUUCCAUCCAAACAUCUAUGCAGACGGAAGCAUUUGUUUGGAUAUCUUACAGAAUCAGUGGAGUCCUAUAUAUGAUGUUGCAGCUAUAUUGACUUCUAUCCAGUCCCUCCUCUGCGAUCCCAAUCCGAACUCCCCUGCGAAUUCUGAGGCUGCCCGCAUGUUCAGCGAGAACAAGCGGGAGUACAAUCGAAGAGUGCGUGACAUAGUGGAGCAGAGCUGGACAGCAGACUAAUAGGUUCAACCCCCAUCCAUCCAUCUUUUACUUUCUCUGCUCAAACAAAUGGUAGAAGACAAUGGAGGGAUUUGGAGUGGGGGGAUUCUGUUUACCGAUUUUAAUGGAUAUGACAUGUAUGAAUUGUUGUUUGAGGAUUUGGUACUUUGUUUCCUCCCGAAGUUGGUGCUCAUGUAAUAUUAUCUGCCAUGUAUCUCUUACUUUGCAUGGUGUGUAUAAAAAGGGACUAGUGAUAGCAUGCAGGAACUUCAAACACAGAUUGUCUGUAUAAGAA